AUGUCUGGCUGGAAGUGCGAUUCCUUCAAACUUGUUGCUGACGAUGGUUAUACGGAAAUGAGACUCUUAGUCGUUUCUGCUACCACCGUAAGAGCCGGAACCAGAUCCGUAAGAGUCGUUACCAGAGCCGUAGGAGUCGUUACCGCCUCUGGAGCCGGAGCCGGAGCCGUAAGAGUCGUUGUUGGAUCCGUAAGAGUCGUUGCCACCUCUGGAUCCAGAUCCGUAGGAGUCAUUGUUUCUCGAGCCAGAUCCAUAAGAGUCGUUAUUUCUCGAGCCAGAUCCAUAGGAGUCAGAAUUCGAGGAACCGUAAGAAUCGUUGUUGGAAGAUCCGUACGAGUCGUUGUUUCUGGAACCGGAGCCGUACGAGUCGGAGUUCGAGGAACCGUAAGAGUCGUUGUUUCUAGAACCAGAUCCGUAAGAAUCAGAGUUCGAAGAACCAUACGAGUCGUUGUUAGAAGAUCCGUAAGAAUCGUUGUUGUUUCUGGAGCCAGAUCCGUAAGAGUCGUUGUUAGACGAGCCGUACGAGUCCUUGUUGGAGUUCGAACCGUAAGAGUCGGAGUUUCCGCUCGAACCGUAAGAAUCAGAGUUGCUGCUGUCAUUGCCACCUCUGUUCUUGAACUUUCCGUAAGCGUCAGUAGCCUGGUCCUUGACCUGGUUUCUGAAGUUCUCGUCGCCCAAUUUGUCUUUAACACUGUCGAAUAA